UGGCCAAAACCCGAAACACAUGUCCACUUCUAUUGUCACACACUUUCGUCACACACUUUGCGAACAGCCCUUCCUUUCCGUUCCCUUCCGACGCUUCCAAACGACACAAUCGCCGUCUCGUCAAUCACUUCACGUCUUGAGUGCGCGUCUGAAACACAUCUGAUCCCAAACCGCGGCCUCAGAGCCCGAGCCGUGACCACAACGGGUGUCGAGCCGUCUCUCCCCACCCCUCUUAAAAUGAGUGAAAUUGUGGCCAAAGAAGAGGAGGAGAGUUGGGUUCUGGACUCUUUGGUGGGCUUCUUGAGAGGACCCGUUUGGAACCUCACCAUUCAGUCGUUCAUUGAGAACAAGUCCGUCGCCGAUUCUGUUUGCGAAGUGUUCGAAGACAACGCUCCGGAAGAAUGCGUUCGCGAAUAUGACGUCAUAUUCCAGGACUACAAGCGAUUGGUCGACAGAUUA